ACCGAAUUAUGAAUUAAGUAAUAACAAAAAGUCUACUAACUGUGAAAGGCAAAGGCAAACGUUAAAAGUACAAAACGUGUUGUAAUGCGCCAUUUUCUGUUUUGUUGUAUGUAUAAUACACUUUUGAAGAUAGUUAGUGGUAUAAUAUAAUAUUAUAAUUUUACUUUACAAUUCGGUACUUCGAGAGGUUUAGCAAUAUAUUAUAUUAUAUUUAGUAUUAUUGUGCAAUUGUAUGUUAAUCGUGCUACGCCGAUAGUAUUUCGUGCGUGGAUCGCCAGCAGGUAGUGUGCUAGUGUUACACUGUUACGAUGACCGCCGCCGAUUGAUAAGUAGGCAGUACGCUGUACGCCGCGACGGCGAUGUGUACCUCGUCUGCUCCUCAGAAGGAUUAACGUCUCAACCACGAUCAUGUACUUUACAUUCGGGACGGACAUCGAUCCUUUCCUAGUGAAAAACUUCAAUGUGCAAUCCACCAUCGGUGAGUAUAUCACAGUCCGUCAGUUUUCAGGUCUUCGCAUCAUUGGCGGUGGUCUUCGAGUCACUGAAAACUGUGCAUUUCAUGACGAGGGUUCACCGACGGUUAUUAUGUUGUAGUCAGCGAGAUUGCAAGGAAUAUAUUAAUAAAGACGCGUUCAUGAUUACAUUUAGAAUGAAAAUUUUUGAUUGCAUUAGAACAUUGGGAGUUUACAUGUUUCAAAUGUUGGUCGGAUAUAUUUUAAUGUGUGCAAUAAUGACAUUCAAUGGGUACAUUUUUUUUGCCACUGUUGGAGGAUAUGGUUUGGGAUACUGGUUGUUUGGCUUAACAAUGAUGCAUUUGUCAGCAAGGAAUUUACUCAAAUCCCAAGAUGUUCCAAUCAGAUGUAAAAACUGUACUAGAAUCAACAUUAACAAAAAAGAUACUACGGAGGAUAGUAUUAGUACUGAUAUAAGUGACGAUAUAGUACCAAGCACAAGUGCUGUAGUUGAAGUGGAAAUACAUACCUAAUAUAUUAUAAUAUUAUAAAAUAUUAUACUUUAUGGAAAUAUUAUUUUCUAAAAUGUUAAGAUACUUGUAUAAACUUUUAUUUUAUAUUUAAGAUAUUUAAAAUAUGUUUGUUGUUACCAUUGAACCAUUUGAACCACAUAAUGUUUAUUCAUUUAUUGCUAAACCAAAGAUAUUAUGUAUUUAUUAAUUAAAAUUUGUUUUAAACUACUGUUGAUACCAUUAUAUCAUUAUUUCUAUUGUAUUGAAUAAACUGUACAUUUAAGUUCAACUGACAGUUUUAAAAACAAUGGAUUGUUUUUAAUUUUAAUGCAAAAAUAACAUAUUUGUUGAUAUAAAUUGAAAUACUGACAACAAAUUUAAUCCAGUUAUACUUUGGUAGUUGACUUUAAUUAUAAUCUACAAUCAUUACAUUUAUAAUUAUGUAAUAUAUAUUUUGGAACACGGACUGAGAUAUACCUUAGUAUAUCUUAGCCCGUGUUUCGGAGUAACAACAUAAUCUUGUAAUAAUAUCUUAAACAAAAAAACAUGUUUGUUAGUUUUAAUAAUUUAUUGUUAAGUAAUUAGGUAUAUUAUGAUAAAUUUUUAUUUUAUGUAUUGUUAUUGACAUUUUGAUUUUAUAUAUAGUUGUUAACUAAGUGUAAGGUUCUUAAUUUUUUACUCAAUUACUGAAGAUUUUUUCAACAAUAUAUUUUUUAUUAUAAAUUGUAAA